CUAUGAAAUGCCCUCUCUUUAAUCUUAGUGCUUCAUCAUCUCUUUAGAGCCACUACUGGUGCUGAUCGAAUACGUGCCAUAUGGGGAUCUGCUGGGUUACCUUAGAAAGAGCCGUGGAUUAAAUGACACUUACUACAAAGACCCAGAUAUCGAACCGAAUACAAAUCUGACGUCACAGCAGCUGAUGAAGUUCUCCUGGCAAAUAGCUGAUGGCAUGAGUUACUUGUCCUCAAAAUCUAUAAUUCACCGAGACCUUGCGGCCCGUAAUGUUUUAGUUGGAGCGAGAGAGACGUGUAAAGUGACAGACUUUGGAAUGGCCAGAGAUGUCCAGGAGGAAAAUAUUUACGAAAAAAAGAGCAAGGGUCGUCUUCCAGUGAAGUGGACAGCUUAUGAAGCCUUGUUGUAUGGAAAAUAUACCACCAAAAGUGAUGUAUGGAGUUAUGGAGUUGUCCUUUAUGAGAUCUUCACCAUAGGGGGUUCACCUUAUCCAAGAAUGGACGGAAGAAAAAUUGCAAACUUGCUUCAAGAAGGAUAUAAGAUGCCUAAACCACAACACGUCGAUGAAGAAUUAUCCUUUGAAAAAUACCAUGUACCAGGUCAUGAUGAAAUGCUGGAAAAAUGACCCGGACGCAAGACCAACAUUCAUUGAAUUGACAAUUCA